AUGGUAGGCAAAGUCAGCGAGAGGGUUCUCCUUCGGGAGGGCCUGGAGAGAACCGACAAUGGAAUGAAGCAGACCAGCUGGCCAGACGUCACACCGAUCAAUCAGAAGAACUACUACACGGAUUAUAUGAAGCGCGAUGAUCAGAUUCUCGCUUUGCGACUUCAAGGCGACGCCACCCGCGACAGGAUCGUUCAAGCUGCUAAGGACAGAGAUCGUGCUCUUGCGCAAAGUGGGCGCGCCGAGGUCCCUCUCGUUAUACCCGAACUUCAGCCUGACGAAGCACCUGCCGAUGCCAAUGCCGGCCUCGAUCCUUCCAAAGUUAUCGUCAUUCACCCUGGCAGUCAAAACCUCCGAAUUGGGUUCGCCAGCGACGCACUUCCAAAGUCCAUCCCCAUGACACUUGCGACAAAGUUCCCUCAGACCGAGGCGGAAAUGCACGAAGCGCUCCCCCGGCGCCAAUUCGAAGCAAAGACACAAGACCAACAAUACGGCGAGGAGUGGUCAAAGAAGUACACCAAAAUGUGCAGCGAUCUCAAGUUGGAGAUGCGCGCAAACAAGCGCAAAGUUCUACCCAACUCCAAGGAACUUGUCUUGAACUAUAACCGCCGGACUGAGCCCGAAAUUAUUCAAACACACAACGACCCUUUACAAAUCGACUGGACCGAUGUCAACAAUCUCGACGACCCCAAAUCAUCCGCGUCUUGUUUCAUCGGGCAUCAAGCGCAAAGAGUGCCAGACGAUUCUCAACCUAAAUUCAAGCUCUGGUGGCCCAUUCAGCAUGGAUACAUGAACGAGGAUGAGUACCUGAACGCUGAACACAUGUUUGACGAUCUAGAAACCCUCCUCGACAAGGCAAUCAGGCAGGAGCUUGGCCUGACCAAGAACAGCACCUGGAGACAGUACAGCUGCGUCUUCGUCAUCCCAGAUCUCUACGACAAGAAGUACGUGGAGCAGGUGCUUCGAUCUUGCAUGACAUGGUUCGAGUUCAACCGGGUAUGUUUCAUUCAGGAAGGCAUGGCUGCUACGUUCGGUGCAGGCUACACUCAGGCCUGCGUCGUUGAUGUGGGAGCGCAAAAGACAUCGAUCACCUGCGUUGAAGAUGGCCUUUGCGUUGAAGACUCUCGCAUCAACUUGAAGUACGGCGGUUACGAUGUGACGGAGACUUUUGUCAAGAUGCUCCUCUACGACAACUUCCCCUAUCAAGACAUCAAUCUUAGGAGGCGACAUGACUUUCUCCUGGCUGAGGAGCUCAAGAUGAAGCACUGCACGAUGGCGCAAGCGGACAUCUCUGUCCAGUUAUAUCAGUUCCAUCUGCGAGCUCCAAACCAACCGACCCACAAGUACCAAUUCAAGACGUAUGACGAGGUCAUUCUGGCUCCCAUGGGCUUCUAUGAUCCGGCCAUCUUCGACAAUAGCACCAAGAUAAGAGGCCGGAGGAAGUUGCUUGACCGAUCAUACAAUGCAUACGACGUGGAUAUCCCCGACGAUCCGACAUCAGCAGCCCAGUUUGGAAUCUUGGCUCUCGUCAAGCCAUCAUUAAAUUCCGCGCCUACCAAUGGCUUUACCCAAUCGCAGAACGAUGUAUCGACGCCGGUCAAGGAAAGACUACAGCCGUUUGACUUCUUGAAGCGGGGCGAGAACGGCAUCAACGGCACUCCAUCUGGGUCCAAUGCUCCAUCGCCAGCGCCGGAGGGUGUCAGCACGCCUGUGCCAGCUCCUUUCGUGUUCGGCGGAAGCAAGGAGGGCGUUAACGGAGGAAGCCCCGCCCCCCCUGUGAGGAAUGGCGGUACGCCGGGCCCGAACGGCACAGCUGUUCCACAGCCGCCCCCGGGCAUGUUCGUUGACGCCUCUGCGCGCAGCGCCAAGGCCAUAGCAGUUGAACGCGACGGCGUUCUGCCCACUGCACCGUUGGAUCUUGCUAUUCUGACCAGCAUUUACAACGCAGCCAAGGGUGACGACAAGAAGCUGCGUGAUUACCUGGGCAGUAUCAUGGUCAUUGGAGGUGGUUCGAAGACGCCCCAAUUCACAGUUGUGCUAGAGGAGAAGCUCAAGGCACGGCGACCUGAUCUCUUCGAUCGCAUUUUGGUCAGUCGAAGUGCCAGGGAUAUGGACGAGCAGGUUGUGACCUGGAAGGGAGCUAGCGUUUUCGCCAAACUCCCGGCCAACGACUCUUGGGUCACGCCGUUCGAAUUCGAACGACUGGGGGCUCGCGUGCUGCACCACAAGGUGCUCUGGUCAUGGUAG